AAAAUGGCGGGCGCGAACACGGAUGUCACUCCUUCAACUUCUUUUACAAUUCUGAAUUGACAAUGUCUAGACCACGAGGAUCUAUUGUACAGUUUAACUGGCAGGAUUCGCCAGAAGGCAGGGAAUAUUUCGCUGGGAUUUUACGUCGGAAUCGACGMAAAAUAUUUGGAUUGUUAGAAAUCCCGAGUCUUCCUAUGCAGUCYCCCCCUGAUAUCAUCAAUUAUAAGAUAGUAUUGUAUGGCAAGCCAGGGAUAGGCAAGACAAGCACCAUUGCCAAGCUCAGUGGACAAGAAAUUCCAUUGACUCACAUUGAAACACCAGGAAUCCAGACAACUGUCAUCUAUUGGCCAGUCAAACUGAUGAGUUCGUCAAGAGUACUAAUGUUCAGAUUCCAGUUUUGGGACUGUGGUGAUCAUGCCAUGAAGAAAUAUGACCAUUUGUUGCCUGUAAUCGAGUUGAAAUACCAAUAUUAUAUAACAAACAGGUUUGACCAGUUUUUGCACAGCGAUAUCACUGAACAAGAACUGAGGGAAUUUGAAGAACAGUGGUCGGUUCCAGUCCUCAAAAUUGCGAAUAAAGACGGACCCAGACUCUCAGACGGACGCGGCCUAGAUGGAAGAGCGGGGAUAUUGGAUGUUGCGCCGUUUCUCAAUACGCUAGCCGAGUUGCUAUGGCAGCACGAACAAACCUUGGCUUCUAGGCAAGUUUCACGCAAUUCGUCCAACUCAAGUCGUAACUCCGCUGACCGAAGAAUUAGAUAACCGACGUCGCGGCUUUGAUUUCUUGGAAUGGAUACAGUGAGUAAUUGUUGCAUUGGUACAUAAAAUGACUUUGUAAUUGAGACCCUAGUAGUAUUGGUGCCAAUUUGCGGUCACUU